AUGGGGUGCAAGCCGGCACGAAGAUGGGCAGCGAGAUGGCCCCAAGGCCUGGACUUCCUUCUCAAGGCUGCUCACCAUGCGAAGGCACAAACUAUUCUGCAAUUCUUUCUAGAAGUAGUAGAAUCGAGUGGAACAACACAUGAGCAACAGCUUCACUUUGGCCUUGGACUACGCCCAAAGCACUUCGCACCAUUGAUGGGAAGCGGUAUCUUCACCCAAGAUGGCAAAUCAUGGAAGCACUCGCGUGCACUUCUCCGCCCCCAAUUUGCAUCCAAUCGCUAUCAAAACUUUGAGGAGAUCAAAAAGUGCGUCGAAAGCUUGUUGAGCAAUGUCCCAGCAGAUGGCAUCAUUGAUCUACAGCCACUUUUCUUUCGGCUAACGUUCGACACCACUACUUUUCUCCUCUUUGGGGAGACGUUGAGCUCGUUGCAAAGCAGAGAAAUUGCGGGACAAGAAUCUGAAUUUGGAAAGGCGUUCAACCUCGGCCAGGACUAUCUGUCUCAUCGUGGUCGAUUGGGCGACUUCUACUGGCUUGCAAAUACUCCUGAAUUUCGUCGGGCGUGUAAGAUUUCCCAUCGUUUCGUUGAUCAUGCAAUCCAGAGGGCAUUAGACGCUGCUGACGCGCCACAACACGAAAAAUCGGUCGACGAUCAGAAGAAGCAAUACGUAUUCAUCAACGCCCUUCUGCAAGAGACACGGGACAAGAAGGAACUUCGUGAUCAAUGUCUAAAUGUACUGUUAGCGGGCAGGGACACAACUGCAUGCUGUCUAUCAUGGACAUUGAAACUUCUAGCGAGGCAUCCGCGGGUUCUGGACAAACUACGCAAAGAGAUUGAGUACGUUGUAGGACUAGGAGAGGACGCACCUCAACCUACCCGCGAGCAAUUGAAGAUGAUGCGGUACCUCGAUCUCGUUCUCAAAGAGGUCCUUCGACUAUACCCAUCUGUUCCAGUCAACUCCCGUGCGGCAUUGAAAACCACCACACUUCCUCUCGGAGGGGGUCCGGACGGCCAAUCACCAAUUCUAAUUAGAAAAGGAGAAGCAGUUGGUUACUGCGUAUACGCAAUGCACCGACGCAAAGACAUUUACGGAGAAGAUGCACUCGAUUUUCGACCCGAGCGUUGGGAAGAUGGCCAAUUAUUACGGGACGUUGGAUACGGAUAUCUCCCAUUUAAUGCAGGGCCUCGAGUAUGCUUGGGGCAGGACUUCGCUCUUCUUGAAGCGGGUUAUACGACUGCAAGACUUGUUCAGCGAUUUCCAUUCCUUAGUGUACCGGCUGGAGAGCCUCCUGUGAGGAUUAGCGAAGAGAAGCAAAUAUUGACGCUUGUUGUAGCUCCUGGGGACGGUUGCCGGGUACAAAUGCGCUCGAGUAAUUGA